UAAUCUUCUGGCUUAUACACUGUUGUGUCUAUUUCAAGUGAUAAGAUUUUUCAUGUUAUAGUUGUUUUUUUGCUGGAGUUGGCCACGUGUAGAUAAACUAUUAGAGGCGGCAGUUUUGACCGAUUGACUGGUUAAUGAAUUAUGAGAGAUGGUUAAAAGUAGUAAAUAUUUGAUUCUUCAGAGCUGUUACUAUAUUCCCCCGCAUUGCUUCACCCUAAGCCUGCUACUGCUAUGACUUCCCCAUCUGGUUUGUUUAUUCUUGACUAGUUUCUAAUUCAAAGAAAAUUAACAGCUGUUUGGAUCAGUUCCUAAUGGGCUGUGGUUUUUCUAGUUAGAUUAAAUGGGAGGGGUGCUAUAAAUCAAAACUAUGAGAUAGUAUAUUUAGGUCUUCUGCCUAGCUAAUAUAUAGUCACCAGGCAACAUUCCUUCAUAUGUGAAGUUAUCUGCUUCCUUAAGCACACACACGUAACUUAUCUCACAGGAUUAGAGGUGACAAGAUGGAUGGGCUUGGUGGGUUGGGCAACAAGUCAAAUGGGUUUUGCUAGAAAGUUGUCAUUCUUCAAUACAGAUUAAAAUGAGUUGGGGACGUUUAGAAUGGUUCAUUUACUUUCAUGUUUAUUUAUAUCAACUAUACUCAAAAAAAGAUUUGUUGAGUAGUUAUGAUUAAAAAAACUUUACGAUAAUAUAUAGCAUAAAUAUAUAGAUUUUCCAUAAACAACAAAAUUCAAUUCAAUCAAUCAGUCGAGGAAAGAACAUGCAGAUAUUCGUGAAAACCCUAACAGGGAAAACCAUCACCCUUGAGGUUGAAAGCAGCAACACUAUCGACAAUGUGAAGGCCAAAAUUCAGGACAAAGAAGGUAUCCCACCGGACCAGCAACGUUUGAUUUUUGCCGGAAAGCAACUUGAAGACGGUCGUACUCUUGCUGAUUACAACAUCCAGAAAGAAUCGACUCUUCAUUUGGUGUUGAGGCUUAGGGGAGGACGCAGGGGUGCUGCCGCUUAUAAGGUUGAACCUUCUUUGAUUGCUUUGGCUCAGAAGUAUAUCCAAAACAAGAAAAUUUGCCGCAAGUGCUAUGCUCGUCUCCACCCAAAGGCAACCAACUGCAGGAAGAAGAAGUGUGGCCACAGCAACCAAUUGAGAGGGAAGAACGUUCCAUACCAAUAUGGGUCGUGAAGCGUAUGUUUGUUUUGCAUGUUGGAAGAGGAAUUUGUCUAUUUUAUCUUAGAACAUAUGGAUCAUUGUCUAGUCAAAAAAAUUUUCUUUCAGUACCUAUGGAAGUAAACUUUCCAGAUGGAUAUAAUUGUUUAAUUCAAGAAGCACACUAUUUUUCUGAAA